AAAUCCUAAGGCGGAAAUGGUGUAGAGGUGGCUGUGUGGCGGGAAGAUGGUUCAAAUCGUAGUGCACGCGAGCCCCCGUCUUGAUGAUGGUGGUGGUUCUGCUCCUGAGUGGCUGUUGCUGGAGCUUCAGGGAGAAAUCGAAUCCCGGAACCGCAGUGGCCUAGCUGGGAAUCUGAUGGGAGAACUGCACUUCAGCAAGGAGGGAGUGCCAAUACUUAUAGUUGGCCAUCACAUCCUUUACGGUAAAGUCACCCGCCUGGAAAGACCAUUUGUAGUGCUCGUGAAGCAGACUGGUGCGAGAGCAGGAGCUGAAAGACCAAUGGAAACUGAAGUAGCUGAACAAGAAGUGAGUGAAGAAAGCAUUUUAUGCGACUACCUAGUCACAGCAAUCAUCAAGAAAAAGAUCAUUUUCAAAACCCGUCCAAAGCCCAUAAUCACUAAUGUGCCUAAAAAGCUGUAGUCGGAGCAUGUUCAUUGAUGCUGUUUGGCAGGACUCUUCCUCAGUGGCAGAUCUUCAUAUUGUGAGGUGACUGAAUACUGGAUAUCAAAUUAUGUUGCUCACGUUUGUGACUUUCACAGAAUUCUUGUGGCAUUUUGUUAUGAGACUUUAUCUUGAAAUAGGUCCUUAAGAGAUGAAUCUGUGUUUAAUGCAGAAUCAAAUGCAAACUUUGUUAAUAUUUUUAUUAUAUAAAUGAUUACUUCCUGUUUUAGUUUUACUUUCUCAUUGUUAAUACAGCAAACAUUUUAUUGACCGGCACCUUUUGGGACCAAGAGUUUAUCAGUUGAUCAACUAUUCUAGUUGAUCAAGAGGUCCACAUAAUUAAUGUAAAAACACUCACUAAGUAAUAGAAAUGUAAUGCAGCAGGUAUAAACAUUGCUGUUAUACUUUAUUUACAGCAUAAUUAAUUUAGAUAAUGUAAACAAAAUUUACAAGCAGAGAGCCAUCUCACUCACAUCCUU